CAGAAUUGGUGCAAAUUGAUAAACGACUGACGAAUCGAGUUGAAAUUUGAAAGAAAUCAUGUGGAAAUCAUUUCCCUCACGCCUAUUUCAUUUCGACGAAAUAUUAGGAAAGCAAUGAUGUGCAGUGACAAUAGUAUUUUGAUUAAUUUCGCUAAAGAUACCUGGAAAAAUUUGCGGCAAGCGUAAAUAUCUAUUCGGUCCAUACAAAAUGUUUCCGCUGUGAUUUAAUCAAUCAUGACCACAAUGAAGAAUCCUAAUACGUCGUCUUCUAAACUCGCUCUCCUUAGUCAUAUCAAGUAUGAACAUUUGGUAGCUGGAAUAUCUGGUGGAGUAACGUCGACUCUGAUCUUGCACCCUCUAGAUUUGAUCAAAAUUAGAUUCGCUGUAAAUGACGGCCGGACAGCGACAGUUCCGCGAUAUGAUGGCCUCGGCAGCGCUUUUGUGACAAUUGUCAAGAAGGAAGGUGUCCGGGGUCUGUAUAGAGGAGUCACUCCUAAUGUAUGGGGCUCUGGUUCAGCUUGGGGCUUCUAUUUCUUAUUCUAUAAUGCAAUAAAAACAUGGAUCCAAGGCGGCAAUGCCCGGAAUCCCCUAGGGCCCGGCCUUCAUAUGCUAGCUGCGGCAGAGGCCGGGAUUCUCUCUCUGCUGAUGACGAACCCCAUUUGGGUGGUUAAAACCAGGCUGUGUCUGCAAUACAGCGAAGAACAUCUAGCUGAUAACAAGAGAUAUAAAGGGAUGGUUGAUGGACUAACUAAGAUUUAUCGGACGGAAGGCAUACGGGGUCUAUAUAGGGGUUUCGUUCCCGGCAUGUUUGGAGUAUCACACGGCGCUCUACAAUUUAUGACAUAUGAAGAAAUGAAAAAUAGAUACAAUCAAUAUAGAAAUCUGCCCAUCGACAUCAAAUUGACGUCGGUAGAAUACCUGACGUUCGCGGCAGUGUCGAAGCUGCUAGCCGCGGGUGCAACGUACCCGUAUCAAGUGAUUCGCGCCCGUCUGCAGGAUCAGCACAGGGUGUACCGAGGAGCGUGGCACUGCGUCACUGAAACUUGGAGGCACGAGGGAUGGCGUGGGUUCUACAAGGGACUGAAACCGAAUUUGAUCCGUGUUGUCCCGGCAACAAUGAUUACUUUCCUAACAUACGAAAAUGUAUCGCAUUUUAUGUUAAAUCGAGGAAAGGAAAUUAAGAUGUCCUCAUAAUUAUACUUGCCUUUAUAUACUUUUUAUUAUUUUAUUCAAGAUAAGGAAUUGUUAAAAGGGAUUUAUCGUAAUUCAGGAUUAUCUGUAUUUAAUGGCGGUUUAAUAAUAAAAUCGCGCACAAUUAUAUCAAAACCAUUAAUGUGUGACGAAAGUGAAUGGAAGUCGCUAUUUUUAACCAUUUUAUUCUUGUGAGAUAAUUAAAUAAGAUAUUUUAGUUCAAAUAUAGGUUUAAUUAAUUUGUAAAGUGAAAUUGUUGAUUCCUAUUAAGUGCGUUAAUUUUUCUUUAAGUUCAUGUCAAAUCAUUUCCUUGAUCAGCGCGGUUUUGUUAAUUAAUUUUAUUAACUUCAUUGACAUUUGAAAAUGACACAACAAUAAUAGUUUAAUAUGUGUUAUGCAUUGUCCAGUACAAAUAAAGUUUGGAAGACAUUUAACAUUUAUCACAUCAUUUUGUUUCGACUGCGAAUUAAAGCGCUCUUGGCUGUGUUCCAGUGAUGUGUAUUAAGUUCAUCAUAUCAUUUUUAUUUUAAGUAUGUAUGAGAUUUUUGUAUGAAUAGCAGGAUUGGUUGAAUAAUUUUUGCUUUGAAUAAAUUGAGUAUGAAUUAA